AUGGAGUCAUCUACAGCUGAUGCCGGUGACAAGCAUCUGGGGAGCUACCUGACAUUGGGUUUGACAGUAUCGCAGUCAAAGAAAGGGGAUACUAAGUUUCCAAAGGUCCUGUCGCUUCUUGCCACAUAUCUGGGCAGAUCAGUUCAGAAGAAUGAAGAAUUACUAGGUUCUAAUGGAAUAAAGGAGUCGACCACCAUCUUUCAUGGCCAGAAGGUGCCAGAUCUCAGUAUACAGCUCUAUGCAGAGCGCAUUUUCAAAUAUGCCGAGUGCAGUCCAUCCUGCUUUGUGUUGGCACUUGUCUACAUGGAGAGAUAUCUACAGCAGCCAAAUGUGUACAUGACGCCCUUCAGUGUUCAUCGCUUGCUGAUUACAAGUGUGGUGGUUGCUGCCAAAUUCACAGAUGAUGCGUUUUUCAACAAUGCAUUCUAUGCUAGGGUGGGAGGAAUCAGCACAAUUGAGAUGAAUCGUCUCGAGCUGGAUUUGUUGUUUAAUCUGGACUUCAGGCUUAAAGUGAACCUAGAGACAUUCGGGAGCUACUGCUUGCAGCUGGAGAAACAUGCACCUGUGUCACCAGAGAGACUGCCGGUUCAGGUUCAUUGUGUCAGUGUCAAAGGAUCUAAAGAUUUGAGCUAUAGCAGCAGUGCUAGCGCCGACGAGUUUUGCCAGAGCAAGCUUGUUCGCCAAAGCUACAGCAGUCAGGCUCUCCAAGGAUGCAGCUGA